ACCCCUCCCUUCUUUGCCUCUCUCUCUCUCUCUCUCUCUCUCUCUCCAAUGGAACCAUGGCUGGAGGACGAUUUAGCCGAAGACCUUCAAAGCCUGAGUUUCGCUUCCACUGCCACAACCACUAUAACCACCACCACUCUCCAGCGUAGUACAAGCUCUGGCUCGUCCUGUGCCACACUCACUCCUGCACCUUCAACUCACACAUCCUUCUCCUCCAAAUCCGGAAAACACCACCAGUCUCUCUCCCUCACCGAUCUCCGCUUCUCUGUCCGUCUUGGCUCUGGUGAUAUAGGCUCUGUUUAUCUAGCGGAGCUGAAGAAACAUGAUUCCGGCGGGACGGAUUCCCCGAUUUUUGCGGCGAAGGUAAUGGAUAAGAAGGAGUUGGCCAGUAGAAGCAAAGAAGGUAGGGCGAAGACUGAAAGAGAAAUAUUGGAAAUGUUGGAUCAUCCUUUCUUGCCUACGCUUUAUGCGAGUAUAGACUCGCAGAGAUGGCUUUGUUUGUUGACUGAGUUCUGUCCCGGCGGUGACCUUCACGUCCUCCGCCAACGUCAGCCUCUUAAACGAUUCGAGGAAACCGCCGUCAGGUUCUAUGCAUCAGAAGUAGUAGUAGCUUUGGAGUAUCUUCACAUGAUGGGAAUUGUUUAUCGUGACCUUAAGCCAGAAAAUGUAUUAGUACGAUCAGACGGUCAUAUAAUGCUUACAGAUUUUGAUCUUUCGUUAAAAUGUGAUGAUUCUACAUCAACCCCUCAAAUCAUCACUAACAAAAAUCCACCUACUUUAGCUCCCAAAAAUGGCUACCCUUCUGAUCAACCUCCUUACACUUCAUCUUCUUGUAUUAUCCCAAACUGUAUGGUUCCAGCUGUCUCAUGCUUCCAUCCAAAACGCAAGAGAAAAAAGAAGACAGGCCACCACGGUGGGCCUGAGUUCGUGGCUGAGCCCAUUGAUGUCCGGUCCAUGUCAUUCGUCGGGACCCAUGAGUACUUGGCGCCGGAGAUUGUGUCCGGUGAAGGUCAUGGUAGUCCUGUGGAUUGGUGGACAUUAGGGAUAUUUAUGUUUGAAUUAUUUUAUGGGGUCACACCAUUUAGAGGUGUGGACCAUGAGUUAACCCUAGCUAAUAUUGUAGCUAGAGCUCUCGAAUUUCCUAAAGAACCUGCCGUGCCAGCUACGGCAAAAGACUUGAUUUCGCAACUAUUGGCUAAGGACCCUGCUAGGAGAUUGGGUUCUACAAUGGGUGCUUCAGCUAUUAAGCACCAUCCCUUCUUCCAAGGAGUCAAUUGGGCAUUGUUAAGAUGUACACCUCCACCUUAUGUUCCUUCUCCAUUUACUAGAGAAGUUGUAUCAGAUGAAAGUUGUCCUGAGACACCGGUUGAAUAUUAUUAAUUGAUUAGUAAAGUUUAUAAACAUAAUUAAUAAAGCUGCCUCAUUAUACUCGAAUA